AUGUCGAAUGAGCAACCAAAAAAAAGGAAGAAAAACUUGAUCAGUUCAUACUUUACAAAGUCUGAUCGUGGUGAUGCUACUGCUAGUGAUGCUCCAACACCAAGCUCUCCAGUAAUUCCUCCUGAGAUUCAAAGCAGUGGUAUUGACUCUUUGAAUAAUAUCAAUGCUAUUGAACGUGACCCAGGAAAACGCUGCCCUAUAUGGAAAUAUCUUGUCAAUCAGCGUGAUUCGAUCAGAAGAGCAUAUAGUCUGUUGGGACCAAUGCAACCUGAAUGUGAGUUCCCUUACUCUCAAUUUAGUGAUCAACAACGCAAGUGUCAGUUUUCUUGGUUUAAAGAUAAUCCAUGGCUUGAGUAUUCAAAAGCUAAGGAUAGGGCAUAUUGUUUUCCUUGUUUCCUUUUUGCUACUGAAAAUCCUUUGAACAAAGCAUUCACCAUUGAAGGGUUCAAAAAUUGGAAGAGGACUGUGCCUAGUGAUAAUGCUUUUCUGAAUCAUGUAGGAAGAAUUACAUCAUCACAUAAUAGUGCAAUGCAAAAGUGGGAUGCAUUACGAAACCCAUCUAGCCAAAUUGAGCCAAUCUUUAGUUCAAAAUCAGCAAAAGAUAUAGAGGAUAACCGGUUAAGGCUCAUAGCUUCUAUAGAGAGUGUUAGAUAUCUAGCUAGCCAAGGAAUUGCCUUUAGAGGCCAUGAUGAAUCCGAAGAGUCAUUGAAUCAAGGACCUUUUAGGCAGCUUAUCAAAUCCUUUGGAAGAGUUAGUCUAGAUAUUAAAAGAGUUAUAGAAAAUGCUCCUAGAAAUGCCAAGUAUAUUAGUCCUUCAAUUCAAAAAGACAUUCUUAAUAUUCUUGGUAACCAAGUGAGGGGUAUGAUACGUGAAGAAGUUGGAGCUGCAAAAUAUUGUCUUCUUGUUGAUGAAGCUAUAGAUGUUUCUAAUAAGAAACAAAUGGCGAUUAUUUUAAGAUUUGUUGAUUCUCUAGGUAAGGACAAGCUUCAAGUUAGAAAUAUGCGUGGUCAAGGCUAUGAUGGUGCUAGCAACAUGAGAGACAUUUAUAAAGGUUUACAAGCAUUAUUUCUUAAAGAAUGUCCUUAUGCUUAUUAUUUGCAUUGUUUUGCUCAUCGUCUGCAGCUAACACUAAAUGCUACUGCCAAGGGGGUACAUGAAAUUUGGAAAUUCUUUUCCAUUUUAAGUUUGAUUGUGAACUUUAUGAACUCUUCCGGCAAGCAUCACUCGGCCUUGAAAGCUGCUAGAAAAGAAGAAAUUGCAGACUUGGUGGCUUGUGGUGAACUUGAAACCGGUACAGGGGCCAAUCAGAUUUUUAGUAUGCAACGAGCUGGUGCUACUCGUUGGGGCUCACAUUAUCGUUCAAUUAGGGGUUUGAUUGAAUUGUUUGGUGCAUCUAAAAUAACUCUUGUUUAUAUGAGUGAGCAGGGACCAGUGGAUCUUCAAAGAGAGGCUGGAGAUGUUCUCAAAGCAAUGCAGAAGUUUGUCUUUGUUUUUUGUUUGCUUCUCAUGAACAAGGUAAUGAAAAUUACUGAGACUCUUUCCCAGACAUUGCAGCAAAAGUCUCUUGAUUUUGUUCAAGCUAUGCGGUUUGUGAAACAUACAAAAGAAUUGGUUGGAGACCUAAGGAAAGAUGGAUGGACUGAUUUCUUUGAACAUGUGGAAUCAUUUUGUAAGAAACAUGAAAUUAAAAUGCCUGAUAUGCAUGCUAGUACAUCUCAUCGGUCUUCUAUCACUAAUGAGCAUCAUUACCGUGUUGAUAUAUUUAAUGCUCUAAUUGAUUUUCAGCUAAGUGAGUUGGAUGGAAGAUUUUCAGAGCAAGCAAUAGAUCUUCUUAGUCUUGCUUCAACCUUGGAUCCUCAUUCUAAUUUCAGUAAGUUUAAAACUGAACUUGUUCUUGAUCUUGCAAGAAAAUAUUAUCCUGAAGAUUUUUAUGAUGGUGAGAUGCUUUCUCUUGAGUCAGAGUGUGCAUACUAUGAAAAAGACAUGCUUGAUGAUGCUAUGUUUAAGAAUUUGUCAUCUAUUUGUGAGCUGUGUCCAUUGUUGGUCCAAACAAGAAAGUCAGAAUUUUAUCCAAUGCUUUAUAGAUUGAUUUGUCUAGUUUUAACUCUUCCGGUAUCUACAGCAACAACUGAAAGAGCAUUUUCAGCCAUGAACUACAUCAAGAACAAGCUUAGAAAUAAGAUGGAAGGAGAGUUUCUAGGUGAUUGUAUGGUCCUCCACAUUGAGAAAGACUAUGCUAAUUCUAUUAGCAAUGACUUUGUGAUAAAACAAAUUUGA